UUCCGGGAAGGCGGGCCGCCCGCCCAGGCCCGGCGCGGAAGUUGCCGGCGGCCCGCGCCCUGCCGGCCAGGCCCGCAGCCAUGUCGUCCGGGGACGCGGGGCCCGGCGGGCGGGAGGGCGCCCCGCGGGCCGCCGCCGCGCUCUGCGGCCUGUACCACGAGGCGGGGCAGCGGCUGAGGCGCCUGCAGGACCAGCUGGCCGCCCGGGACGCCCUCGUCGCGCGCCUCCGCGCCCGUCUGGCCGCGCUCGAGGGGGACACGGCGCCGUCGCUCGUGGACGCGCUGCUGGAGCAGGUGGCGCGCUUCCGGGAGCAGCUGCGGCAGCGGGACGGCAGCGCCGCGGAGGCCGCGCUGCGCCAGGAAAUCGAGAGACUUUCCGAGCAACUAGAAGAAAAAGAGAGGGAGACGCAGCAGCUGAUGAGCCAGCCGGAGCACGAGCGGGAGAGGGAAGUGGCCCUGCUGCGGCGGAGCGUGGCAGAGAAGGAGCGGGCCCGGGCCGCCAGCGACAUCCUGUGCCGCUCCCUGGCCGACGAGACCCACCAGCUGCGGAGGACGCUAGCCGCCACCGCCCACAUGUGCCAGCACCUGGCCCAGUGUCUGGACGAGCGCCAGCGCGCACAGCGGGACGUGGGGGCCGGGAGCCCUGAGCCACAGUGUGCAGAUGGGGACGCCUCUGUCCACGCGGUUGUUGAGAAGUUACGGGAGGAGAAUCGACUGCUGAAGCAGAAGGUGACUCAUGUAGAAGACCUCAACGCCAAGUGGCAGCGCUACGACGCCAGCAGGGACGAGUACGUGCGGGGGCUGCACGCCCAGCUGCGGGGGCUGCAGGCCCCCCUCGAGCCCUCCCCGCCCGAGCUGCUGAGGAAGGAGAUCUCCCGGCUCAACGCGCAGCUGGAGGAGAGGAUGAAUCCUCGCCUACAAGGACGACUUCACGUCGGAGAGGGCCGACCGGGAGCGGGCUCAGGGCCGCAUCCAGGAGCUGCAGGAGCAGGUGGCCUCGCUGCAGCGCCAGGCGUCCUGGAGACAGGAUUCUCGGGAGCCAGGCUCCUGCCGGAUCCACACUGGGAGCAAGACUCCCAGGUACUCAGAGACGGACACGUCAGAGCGUGUGGCAGCCGGUGGCUGGAGGCCUGGGACAGGAGCCCAGUGGCUACAACUCCCUGCAGAGGGCGGGUGCUCCGGAGCCACCCAGAGAGGCCAGGGGGACCUGCAGUGCCCGCACUGCCUGCAGUGCUUCGGCGACGAGCAGGGCGAGGAGCUUUUCCGGCACGUGGCCGAGUGCUGCCAGUGAGCCUGCGGGUGCGGAGGCAUGGGGCGGCCCCCAGGGCAGGCCGGGGCUGCUCGUCACGUCACUUAUUUUUGUAAUAAAUGUACUGGCUGGAGUGUCCGCUCGGAGGAUGUGUGCUGGGGGCUGGGGCAGGGACCCGGCAGCACUGUCAUCCGAGCCCGCGCGUCAGAGCAGCUGGGAGGGGAAGCAUCACUGCUGCGGGUCACCUGUCGGGGCGGGGGGGCGUGGCGGGCAUCCAGCUGGGAAGUAAAGGGCUGGGAGUGAGGCGGGCACCUGCUGGGAGCCAAUGAGAGCCCUGCAGGGCGGGGGUGGUGCACAGGGUCCCGGGGGAGGGGGGCUGGCAGCCCCCAGGACAGGUGCAGCAGGGGAGCGUUCCGGUCAUCCUCCACAGGGUGUGGACGACGAGGCACAGAGGCCUGGGGUCACUUGCCCAAGGUCACAGAGCAGGUGACAAAGCUGGGAUUUGAACCCAGGCCACCUGGCCCCCGAGCCCAUGUGCUUUAUCACGUGGUCUGCACUUGCCUUCACGAGGAGGUGCUGCCGUCACCGUGAGGGCCAGCGCUGGUGCGGUGCGGUGCGGUCCCUCUGGCCUGGAACAUGCUCUCCGUCUUCUGCUUGGCUAAGUCCUCCUCCAGCUGCGGUUCAGGCAUUGCCUCCUCUGUGGGCUCCCCGUGCACCCCACUUUCCAGGAGCCUGACUGGAAGCGGUCAGUCUGUGGGACAUGGGUGCUGGCAUGUCACAGGAAGCCUCCAUCUCCCUGUCUUGAGGAGCUGGAGGAGUCUGGAAAUAGAUGGGGCCCCUGGAAAGAAGGGAGCCACGGAAGAGGGCGCCCGCAAAUCCCUGGCUGACCCCUGAAGUGUGCCAGUUCACACCAGACUCCAGGGUCCCGGGGCGGGGACAGUGCUGUCCACUGCAGGUGGCACUUCCGAAUGUGAGUCCCUCGGGGUUAGAGGGGCAGGUAGACACCUUGGUUUUCUUUGAAACCCUUGAAAGGCGAUAUUUUAGGAGUAAGAUGAACAUCUUAGGGCAAAACCAAAACAGCCCUGCCCUUCCAGGCAGCCAACCAGUAAUUCACUGGCCCAUUUUAACAAAACCCAGCUUUCUUCAGACACCGAUUCUGAAGAAUUCUGAUUCUUUGGUAACAGAACCCAGGACCUUGUACUAUAUUAACCACAGUCCAGUAUACAGUGAAACGUACUAGACACAGGGAAAAGGAGGCAUAAUGAAGAUCUGUUCACGCUAACAGAACGUGUACCCAGCAGAUGGUACCACAGGAAGCAAGUGCACUACGGAGGUCAUUCAGGCUGGAGGGAAACGAUUCCAGGUAAAAACAAACAGAAAGGCGUGAUGAGCACGGCAACGGGCAGAUGUGAAUGAGCACUGGCUGUUUAAGACAAUGUCUUGAGGGUUUUAAAACAUGCAAACCUGUGACCACAAGGACAGGAGUGCCGACCGAACUCACAAUUCUCAGGUUUCUGCACGAUUUACGCGGGACUGUCAUGACUGAAGGAAGCACAUUAUAAUCUCCAGGGCAACCACUAAAGGAGUAAUGGAGGUGUUUAACUAAAAAGGUAAUACAAAAGAAAAAUAAUGGUUUUAUUAAUGCAAAGCAAGAAAAGUUAGGAGAACCAGGGGAAUAAAGGAGAGAUGAGACAAAGUGGUGGGCAAGAUGGUAACUUAAACCCAACUGUAUCUGUAAUUACAUUAAAAAUAAAUGGACCAAACACUGAAAGACAAUGACUGUCACACUGGGUGUCACCUGUGUGCUCAUUAGGAAAGAUACACUUUACAUAUAAGAACAGAGAGAAUGGAGAGGACAAAGGAUCCACCAUGCCUCAUUAACCAAGAAAAUGAGAGUGAUUAUCAGACACAGUGGACUCUGAGACAAAAAAUAUCACCAGAAACAAAGUACAACCGUGCAUCACAAUAAAAGGGUGAAUUUACCAGGACUAUAUAACACACCUAAAUUUGUGUAGAGCUAAUAACAUAAAGCAAAAGAACUAGACAAAUGCAUAAUCUCAGUUGGAGGUUUUAACAUACCUUUCUCAGUAACUGAGAGAAGCAUGGGAAAAAAUCAGUAAGGAUACAGAAGAUUUAACCAAAAUACUCUCCUUGGCCUAAUUUCAUACAUAGAACCUAAGUUACACCCAACGAAAGUUAACUAUAAUUCUUUCCAAGUGCACAUGGAAUGCUUCCACAAGAGACAGAUUUGUGGACCAUAAAUCAAGUCACAGCAUUUUCCAAAGAUCCUAGCCACUGAAUUCAUGGUCGCUGACCACAGUGAAAUUAAACCACAGCUCAGUAACAGAUAACUACUAAAUUCUCAACAUAUUUCUAAAUGACCCAUGGGAAAAAUAAAUACAACAGAAAUUAGGAAGUAUUUUGAACAGAGUUGAAAAUGAAAAUAAAGCUUGCUAUAAAUUAUGGAAUGCAGCUAAAGCAGUGAUUCAGGGAAAUGUAAUAGCUCCAAAGGUAUAUAUUAGAAAUGAAGCAAGGGUAAACGUCAGUGAUCCGAAUCUAAAAAAAAUUAAAAAAUGGUACUAAUGAACCCAGUGACAAGACAAGAAUAAGGAUGUAGAUGCAGAGAAUGGACUGGAAGACACGAGGUUGGGGGGGGCGGGGGGUGAAGGGGAAGCUGGGAUGAAGUGAGAGAGUAGCAUGGACAUAUAUACACUACCAACUGUAAAAUAGAUAGCCAGUGGGAAGUUGCUGUAUAACAAAGGGAGAUCAACUCGAUGAUGGGUGAUGCCUUAGAGGGCCAGGACAGGGAGAGCAGGAGGGAGUCGCAGGAGGGAGUCUCAGGAGAGAGGGGAUAUGGGGAUAUGUGUAUAAAUACAGCUGACUGGUGUACCUCAAAAACUGGUACAAGAGUGUAAAGCAAUUACAUUCCAAUAAAGAGCCUAAAAAAAAAAAAGUCAUCCAAGUGCUCAUCUCAAGAAGCUAGGAAAAGAACUGCAAAUUAAACCCACAGAAAAUGGAAGGAUAUGACAAACGAGCAGAAUCAAUGAAAUGGAAAGCAGACAAAAGUCAACAAUGCCAAGAGCUGGUUCUUUUAAAUAGUAAUAAACCCAUAUAGCAUGACGAAGCAAGAAAAAAAGAGAAAACAAAUUGCUAACACCAGGAGUGAAAGGUGGGCAUCACUCUAGAUCUUGAAGAUACUAAAAAGAUAAGGAUAGACUAUGAACAACAUAUAAAGCUGAUAAAUUUGACAAGUUAGAUGAAAGGGAUAAAAUCCUUGAAGCACACAACUUACUAAAACUGAUAUAAGAAGAAAUAGAGGAUUUCCCAGAUGGCGCAGUGGUUAAAAAUCCACCUGUCAAUGCAAGGGACACGGGUUCGAUCCCUGGGGUGGGAAGAUACCCCAUGCUGCGGAGCAACUAAGCCUGUGCUCUACAGCCCAUGAGCCACAACUACUGAACCCAUGUGCCUAGAGCCUGUGCGCCACAAGAGAAGCCACCACACUGAGAAGCCCGUGCACCGCAGUGAAGAGUAGCACAGCUCACAACUAGAGAAAGCCCACAUGCAGCAACAAAGACCCAAUGCAGCCAUAAAUAAAUUUAUAUAAAAAAAGAUGAAAGAGAAAACCCGAAUAGCUCUACAUCCAUUAAAUAGAUUGAAUCUGUAAUUUAAAACCUUUUCACAAAGAAAAUUACAGUCCCAGAUGACUUCACUGGUGAUUUCUUCCAUACAUCUAAGAAAGAUACACCAAUCUUACAUACACUCAGGAAGUAGCAAGUGGGAAUGUUUUCCAUCUCAUUUUAUGACACCAAGACCCAAGAAAGACAAGGCAAGAAAGAAAAUGACAGAUCACUAUCUCAUGAACACAGAAGCAAAAAUCCUAAACAAAAUAUUAACAAGUUGAAUCCAGCAAUAAAAAAUAAAUAAUAUGUUAUAACCAAGUGGAAUUUUUAUUACAGGACUGGUUAACAUAAACCCCCCCCCCCCCGCUGAUUCACCAUAAUAAUGGAGGGAAAACCAUACGAUCAUCUCAACAGAAGUGGAAAAAGCAUAUAGCACAAUUCAAUAUCCACUCAUGAUAACACCCAGCAAACUAGGAACAGAAGGAAUUUCCUCCAUCUCAUCAAGGUAUAUGUCCAAAAACCUGUGGCAACCUUCUACUUGAUAAUGAAAUACUGCAUGCUUUCCCUGCUGAGGUUCACAUCAAGGCAAGGUGUUCACUCUUACUGCUGCAGUUCCACAUUGUACAGGAGGUGCUCAGUGCAAUCAGGCAAUGAAAGGAAUAAAAGGAUAGAAACACUGGAAAAGAAGAAAUAAAACCAUCCCUAUUCACAGAUGACAGGCUGUGUAUGUAUUAAAUCCUAGGGGAUCUUAAGAAAAAAGUUUGGAAGUAGUAAGUCAGGUUAACCAUCUCAAGAUACAAUGUAUGAAACCUCUAUUGUAUUCCAGUUCAUUUACAACAACCGGAAAAGCAAAUUUAUAAACCUGCUGUGGGUUGAACUAUGUUUUCCCCCAAAAGAUAAUGUUCACCAAAAAGAUGUUGACGUCCUAAUCCCCAGAAUGUGUGAAUGUGACCUCAUUUGGAAAUAGUGUCCUUGCAGGUGUAAUCUAAGGUGAUGCCCUGAUCCAAUGACUGGAGUCCUUAUGAGAAAAGGACAAGAGACAGACACAGGGGAGAAGACCGUAGGGAGACCGAGACAGAGACUGCAGUGAUGCGUGUGUAAGCCAAGGAUGCCACUGACCACCAGAAGCCAGGAGGCAUAGAGGCGAUCUCUCCUCACCGCCUCUGGAAGGAACCAGUUCUGCUGACUCCUGGAUUUGGGACCGAUACCCUCCAGAACCGAAAGAGCACAUUUCUAAGCCACCUAGUUUGUGGCACUUUGUUACGGGAGCCCUAGGAAACCAAUGCCUGCCUCCUCCUAGGUAAUGUCGAAAACAGAGAGCUUAGAAAAAAUCAUCAAGUCUGCAAAACCUUUACAGUAACAGCUACAGAGUAUUGCUGAGAGAAAUUCAAGAGCAUAGGAAUAAAUGAAAAGACACCACGUUCACAAACUGGGAACGCAGUAGUCUUAAGAUGUCACUUCUUCCCGGUCACAACCCCGCAGGCCUUCGUGACACACUGAUUUUAAAACAAGUACUUUCUGUUCCCCACUUUUCUUGGACUCCAGUUCCAUGUGUGUUAGAACGCUUGAUAUGGUCACACAGAUCUUUUUUUUUUUUGGCUGCAACACACAGCACACGACUCUGACCAGGGACCGAACUCAGGUCCCUGCAGUGAAAGCGCGGGGUCCUAACUACUGGACUGCCAGGGAGCUCCCUGCCACGGGUCAUUUUCCCCAUUUCUUUUCUCUCAGUGCUUCAUUUCUGGUGGUUUCUAUUUAAAUGCCAUCAAGGGCACGGGUAUUUUCUUCCAAAGGUUCUAACCUGCUGUUAUUUGUAUCUGGGGUAUUUUUCCUUUUAGUAUUCUAUCUUUUUUCUUGGUUAGGAUCUUCUUUUUUCCCUUUAGAAUUAUUUUAUUAAAUCAUAAAUGUACAACAGCUUCUUAACUCUACACAUGCACUUAAAUUUUUUUUAAAGGAAAAACGUUAUGUCUUAUUACACCAUGAUCCUGGGAAAUAGCUUUUCAAAACUUUGAGAAAAAUCUUAAAAAAGGUUUCCUCACAUGUCACCUGAAACUUACAAAUUUAACAUUAUCAAAGAAGGGAUGCUUCUACACUCUCACAAAGACCACUAGAGAGAAACAACAAUUAGAAAGCUAAGAAACUGUCUCGAAGGCAUUUUCCCGCCAGUCCUUCCUCCACAGUAGGUGAUGUGAUUAGACAAUCCAGUCCAUGCACAAGGGCGCUCUGCACCUGCCCUGCUUUGGCGCCUUCUGCCACACUGCUGCACGUUUAUGCACGACUCAGCUAAGUUUCCUGAAUGACCUGGAGCUGUUCUGCUACCUCUGGGCUCUCACCCUCUCCUGUUUAGACAGUGACGCCCACAGCAAAUAGGAAGAAGCCCAGUGUCAGCUUCUCCCUCCAUAACCCCCGCUUCCUCCACUGCUCCUGGACCACAGUUUCCUCCACCACACGGUCCCCCCAUAUUUCUGCUACCACCAAAGUUUCCACUCUGCACUGGAUGUAGUCAGGAGGUUGCUGGUUAUUUCCCAAAUCACUGUCAUCUCCACUUCCGUAAUUUCCUCCUCCACGGGUGUCGUAACUGCCUCCGUAGCCCCCACCCUGGUGCCAUAUCCAGGUCCUCAACCACCACACCCUCCUCAUCCUCCUCCACGACCAGGGCCGCCUCCACACCUGCGACAGCCAUCCCCAAGCCCACGACCACGUCCACAGCCAUCACAUCCUCCUCUGAAGUUACUUCCCAGUCCUGGUCCAAAAUUUCCAUCACCACAAGAAUCUCCAGCACCGACGCUGCCUCCUCUCCCACUUCGAGAACUCUGGACUCCCUGCAUUUCUUGUCUAGACACGGCCUUUCUUACUUCUGCAUGAUGACUGCUGAAGGGACGGUAUUUCUGCAGCACACUCUGACUCACCGGACCAUGGUCAUCUGAAGUAACAAAUGCAAACCAAAGCCUCUUUUCUUUCCAGACUGCCCAUCAGUAAUUAGUUCAAUGGUGUCAUUUCCCCAUAUGCCUCAAAGCAACCUCUAAAAUGACGUUCCUCAGUGUCUCCUUUAAUUCCACCAACAAACAGCUUCUUCACAGUUACAGGAGCCCCUGGCUUUCCAAACACCUCUCCUGCAACAGCAUGUCCGGGCUCAGGCACUCUCCCACCAGGUGAACGAGGUCUGGCAGCCAUGGCAGCAUCGACCUCAGCCACGGAUGAAAAAGUAACAAACCCGAAUCCUCUGGAGCUUCUGCUGGCAGGGCCCCUCAUUACCACAGUCUGUAAGUUUUUCCCACUGCUGGUAGUAGUCCCUCAGACUUUCUUCUGUGGUUUCAAAGCUCAAGCCACCAAUAAUUGUACCUUUUCUUUUUCCUCUCCAAAGGAAGUUUCUAAAGUUUUCUCUCUUCUGACCAAGGCAGAAUCCCUUUUAUGAUUAACGGUGUCUAAAGCUUAAGAAGUUUUCACAUAGCUGGUGUCUGACAUUUAGACAAGACAGAAACAAUCUGAACUGUUACUCAUUUUCCACACUUACCCGCUGUCCACUAUCGAUUAGAAAGUUAUUUUUUAAGUGUGCUUAGGGUCAAAGAAAAUACCCAGGUAGAUCCCUUCGCUUGAGACCUUACGCUUCUCAGCCUCAUCAUCAACUGUGACUGCAAACAUAAACGAGAAAAGCAAGUGACGAAGUUCAACAACACAGUGGUCCAGCCUGAAAGUUUUGUGUAUAGUAAUACGCGCACUGAAGAACUGAGCCAUGUUUUAACCAAAGGACAACUAAAGUCAUUUUUAUUUCAGUUUCAUCAUAACUUCUAGCUUAUCACUAAUAAAGGUCUGUGGUCUUACGCAGUAAAGAUUAAACUUCCCAGUAAAAAUAUUACUUAAAAUACAAAUAAAUUCUACGAUUCAGAGAGAACCCUUCAGGAAAAUAAAGGAUUCUGAACCAGAAUACCGCCCCGCCCCGCCCCCAACCUCUCUCCCCCACAGUCGGUAGUAACCUGAUGGCUCUAAACCUGAUUUUUCAUUUCUAAAGUUUCCUACGAUUCAACUAACUGCCUUUUCAAUCACUGCAGACCCAGGUAAAACUGUUAGUCAAAUAAGCGAGGGCUGGAAAACCUGGGCCUGUUUUGUAUGUUCAGUUCAUCUCGUUCAUGUUUUCCUUCAUAUGUGAGCUCAGUCAUAAGGUUUGUAAUAGUCAUUUUAAGGAUCGUGUCUAUAAAGCUCACCAUCUUUGGUUCUGUUUCUAUUGCUUGUUUGAUAUUUCUUCUGAUUGUGGUUUGUAUUUUCCUUCUUCCCGGCACGGCCUGCUACUUUUUUGCCUGGAUUCCAAUAUCGUGAAUUUUACUUUAUUUAGUACAGGAUAGUUUUGUAUUUCUUUUAAAAGAGUGUUGGACUUUGUUCCAGCAGGCGGUUAAGUUCCUGAGGACCAGUGUGGUCCUUGUGAGGCUUGUGUUCAGACUGAGAUUCCACAGUGGGGUCACAGAGCCCCGCGGCGGGGCGGAGGCAGGCCCGCUGAGGACUCCACUCCAUACCGCGUGUCACCAGGUCCCUCCACCCUGGCUGCUGGAGACUCCCCCACGGAUUCACGGGAUUCUUUGCCACACGGGCACACAGUAGUGGAUCUGAGAGGAUUCUCCGCAGACCUGCGGUGCGCUCUAAGCACAGCCCCCCGCGUCUGGACUCCAGCCCCCCAGAUGCUGGUCUCUGCUUCCUUUGCUCAGCAACCCUGCUGGGCUCCUCCAGUGCUGGGGCCUGGAUGCUGCCUCCAGGCAGGAGGCUGGGGCCCCCGGAGGCUCACCUUGUUUCCUGCCCGUCACUCAGGAAACACUGACACGUGCUGCCUCUGUGCCAAGAUCCAAGAACACUUCCUCGGUCUCACAGCUGUAAACAGCAGGAGGACAGGUUCUGCAGCCGCUCUUCCUGCAUGGACGCUGCUGCUCUCAUCCUCCAGCCGACACCGCGUUCUCCACGGAAGACAGCCCGGGGCUCCCGGCACUCAGCCUGCUGCACACACACUCAGCUACACGACUUGUCUUGAGUAGGUUCUUCACAGCUCAGAGCUGCGUGACAUUCCCUUCCGUGCUCUGUGUCUCCCACCCUGCAGUGCUGUUUUCUCUUACGUUUUACUAGUGGGUCCAAAACGGACAGUGACUGCCUGUGACUGUAAAGACGAAGCAGCAGAAGGUCCACUUCCAUUCCGUCAUUCUUCUGCGAUGACUUGGAGGUUUUGUGCUUAAAAUAAUAAAACAGUAUGAACUGUGGGGUAAGUUUUUUUUUUUUCUUUUAAAAAAUAUAUUAAUGAAAUUGAUUAGUAUUGAUUUUUUCUGGUACCAAAAUAUUUUGAUUUUUUAAUAGCAUGAGUACGUAGGCAAACCUCAAUAAAAGAACACUUCAUUCUGUUAUUUC